CCCUAACAUUCACACUUCAAUCCUCACGUGACCCUCCUACUGGUUUCUAUUCACAUGGUCACCAAGAAGUACUGAGUGGCCUUCCUCGCAUUUAUCCUCCGCAAGCCCACACACUAGACUCUCAUUGAACAGCACACGACCCCGCUAAACAUCCCCAUGAGGCUCCUCAAGCAACAGAUCGACAAGAAAGAUGGUUCAGGUUUCGCAGUACUUCUCCCGGAGGAGCCAGAGGACAUGUGGCACGCCUACAACCUCAUCCAACCCAAUGACUUGCUCCGCGCCCGCGCAAUGCGCCGGAUAACCAAAGAAUCUGAGUCCGGCUCCGUCACUUCGGUGCGCGUGCCCAUAGACCUAACUAUCAUGGUCAGCUCGACCGACUUCGACGUCGGCUCCGGGCAGCUGCAUGUCGCCGGCAAGGUGUCCGCCGAGAACGAGCACGUCAAGCUAGGGAGCUUCCAUACACUAGACCUGGAGCUACAGCGGAAGUUCACCCUAGAGAAGGCAGAGGGGUGGGAUAGCGUUGCGGUGGAGAUGCUGAAGGAGGCCGUGGACACGAGCAAAAGGGCACAGGUCUAUGCUGUAGUGAUGCAAGAAGGAUUGGCCAACGUGUGUUUAAUCACCGAACAUCAAACUAUACUACGGCAGAAAGUGGAGGUGGCGAUCCCCAGGAAACGAAAGGGGGGCAUCGAUGGUCAUGACAAGGGUCUCGACAGAUUCUUCACCACUCUCCUGAGAACGCUCCUGAACCAUAUCGACCUCCCAUCUCAAACACCACCAUACACACCUGUCCUACUCGCCUCGCCAGGGUUCCUCGCCUCCGCCUUUCAAACAUAUAUUAAAACCAUCGCAACCGCAACAACUAAUAAGCCGCUUCUCGCCCUCCUACCUUCUAUCCUCAUCGCACACUCCUCUUCAGGGCAUCAGCACGCAUUGACAGAAGUCCUGUCAUCGCCUGCAGUACUAGCUAAGCUAGCCGACACCAAGUAUGCGCGUGAAACAGCACUGAUGGACAAGUUCUUUGAGCUCCUAAGAAAAGACGACGGGAGGGCGUGGUAUGGGCCGAAAGAAGUGGAGCAAGCAGUUGAAAAAGGGGCUGUGGGCCGCGGAGGAGGCGUUUUACUAAUAUCGAAUGCGUUAUUUAGAGCGCAGAACGUGGCUGAGAGGAAACGAUGGGUAAGUCUUGUAGAUCGCGUUAGGGAUGUUGAAGGCGGUGAGGUGCGUGUACUGAGCUCGUUGCAUGAGAGCGGGAAGAGGCUGGAAAGCUUGGGGAAUGUGGCUGCUAUCUUGACGUUCCCACUAGAGGAUCUUGAUGAAGAUGACGAAGAGGACGGAGCCAGAGCGGAAGGUGAGAUGGAGUUUUAGGAAGCAUGUUGUUGAUGCGAUAUGCAAAUAGUUAUUUAGCCAAUCUGAUGCAUCAAGGCUAGAAGGAGCUAUGUACCCAAUACCUGCAUCUUACCAUCCUGCCAAUUCUAUACUGAGAAGGGCGCUGAGGGUACCGUG